ACCCACACCCACUUCAAAACAGAAACUGAUCUUCUUUCUAAUUCCCCAUCACCAACAGAAACCGAAAAACAAAUACAAAAUAUCAACAAUCAAAUUUCAAAACCUAAAAUUUUCUCUCUAAAAAAUACAUAUAAAACCAAAACAAACGCGCCUGUAACGACCACCAUCGUGCGGUUUUACGGUUCACACCAACAACCCCUUCCUUUUCUUGAAACCGUUUAUCUAAUUCCCUUUAUAUACCCUUCAUCUUUUCUUGAAUAUUCUUCACUUUUACUUUCUUGAUUUCUCCACAUUUCGCUUUCUUGAUUUCUCGACAUUUCGGGCUCUUGAUUCUUGAAAUAUCGCUUCCAUGGGUUCUUUUAGCGGCAGUGGCGGCAGUGGUGGUGGUAGUGGUGGCGGUGGGAGUGGGAGUGAGCGAGUCAAAGGUUCUUGGAGUCCGCAGGAGGAUGCUAAUUUGAUCAAAUUGGUGGAACAGCAUGGUCCGAGAAAUUGGUCUUUGAUUAGUACUGGAAUACCUGGUAGGUCUGGCAAAUCUUGCCGUCUACGGUGGUGUAACCAGCUUUCGCCGGAGGUUCAGCACCGUCCGUUUACGCCUUCGGAGGACGCCACCAUUGUUCAGGCUCAUGCUGUUCAUGGUAAUAAAUGGGCUACUAUUGCUAGGUUAUUGCCUGGUCGUACUGAUAAUGCUAUCAAGAAUCACUGGAACUCUACUUUACGUAGGAAAAGGGUUACCGAUUUCUCGUCCGCCUCGUCCGAUUCCAAUUCGGCCAAACGGCGUAGUUUGGAUGAGUCGGACUCGGGGUCUGGUUCCGGGUCUGACUCCGCCGCGAAAAGACAGUGUUUGGGCGGUCCGGGUUCGCCGGAGCAUAAUAGUUUUAACGGAGGAGAUGUUAACAUUAAUGUUAAUGUUAGGGUUAUAGAGCCUGAAACAUUGUUGACAUUGUCGCCACCCGGUGACGCGUUUGCAGCCGUGGCGGAAAAAGAGGAGGAGGACGAAGAGGAGGAAGCUGCCGUUGCGGUGGUGAAGGGAGGAAAUGAGGGUGGUGAUCAUGGGAGGAUUAUAGUUAGGGAUCAAGAUGAAUGUUUGUUGACUAUAAUGAGAAGGAUGAUAGCCGUUGAAGUUAGGACUUAUGUUGAUAGAUUAAGGGCUCAAGAUGGAUCUCCAGGAAAUACAACUGCUUUAUGAUCAUUUCAUACAAAUAUUUUCUUCUCCUUUUUUAUAAAUUUCUUUAGUUUGUGACUCAUAACUUGAGUUUUCAACCAAUGUUCUCUUUACAUGAUUAGGUUUAGUAUUUACAUUAACAUGACAAUUCAUGAAUUCCAAGUGAGUGCUCUAAUUUCACUCCUGAAAUAAAAAUGUAAUUGAUAGGCGUUUAUCUUCUA